AUGGCGCAACAAAAAGAGAAGAGGUCUUCGCCGGAGGAGCAGGCCCCAGUGGUUGCUCCUCCUUUCAGCUUCGCCAACUCGAUCAUCGCAAAUUGUCUGAUAGGCAAUGCUUUUGAAUCAGCUUUUGCGAAUCGUGGCCCCGGCAUCCUCACUGCCGCCUUCACGUCGCUCGUCGGGCUAUCGGGCGGCAUUGCUGCGAAGAGCGCACGAUUCAAUAACUCGUUUCAUACAAAAAUCGAGCAUUCGAACCCGCUCCACGAUGAUAUGCAUUCCUAUUCGAGCUUCACGUCCACUAUCGCCUACUCAGAUAAUCUGUCGUCAUCCGGCUUAUCUACACCUUCCACCAUGAUGGGAGACUACUCUACCUCUUCGUCAUAUUUCUCCUCGUCUACCCAAUACACGUCCCCAUAUACUCCCUCGUGCGAUGCCGGGUCCUUCCGAGAUCCAGCACCAGUCAUGGGCGAUAUGGAUGAUUCUGGUGAUGACUAUGAAAUUUAUGGGGAUUCUGACUGCGAAUUCGCCGAUGUUGAAAGCGAUGAAGAGUCGGAUGAUGGAUCGAUCGGAUGCGCCGAUGAUAGUGAUGAUGAAAUGGAGUAUCAAAACUCAGAAGAUGGUGAUUCAGUUAGUGGAGACGAAGAAGCUGAAGAAGAUGCGUGUCCAAUCGAGGAGCAACUCUCCUUCAUAUCUUUUGAGCGCUCAGUCCAUUUCUCUUGCGCGGAGGACGAGAUUAUUCCGUCAAGCGAGCCCGGAACACCACUUCCAGAUGCCUUUCCCGAGAUGACCUGCCAUGAACGGAUGCUUCUCGCGGAACAUAUGAAAAAUCGACGAAUUGGCAACUGGGAGAACGGAGGCGACUACGACCCCGAAGAACACUCCCCUGAUUCCUUGCAGCUGGACAAGGAUUUACUCUUUGCCUACGUCAAUGGCCUCCGCACUCUAAAUCAAAAUUGCUGCAUGAUCGCCUUGAAAUCGCGGACGCUGCAUGCCUCAAAAGACGGUUCUAUCAAGGUGGAUACCCGCAUCGGCAAGGACGUGAACGACUACCUCGACCGCAUUGCCGACCUGCUUCGCGGCAUUUUCCCCAACCUCUUUACCGCGGACGAGUACGCUGGGAUUCUCAACCAAGCCCAGUCAGCCGUCUCGUUCGACGACUAUGGCCAGCUGAUCUACGAGGCGCAAUCGGUGAAUGUACAACACACGAUUCGAGGCUUUCUGGCCGAACGACUUGGCUGCCACGACAUGUUUCUCCAGGACGAGAUGCUGGAGUGGUUUGCAGGAAAUCUGAUCGCGCCGCUGGGCCGCCAGGCUCUAUCCCGGCACACGCAGACGAGCGAAUGA